GUUUCCAUGAAGAUAAAAGGUUGAAAUGUGGGUAGCCUGUUGGUAGCUUGGUGCUGGUUGUCAUCUGGAAGGUUCCUGCUGGUGUCUUCUCCCAGUAGUUGGUGUCACAUUGGCUGCUGAGAGUCAUGAAGGUUGUACCGGAGAAGAAUGCGGUCCGCAUCCUGUGGGGUAGGGAACGAGGUACCCAGGCACUGGGAGCUCAGCGGCUCCUGCAGGAGUUGGUGGAGGAUAAAACUCGAUGGAUGAAAUGGGAGGGCAAGAAAGUUGAGUUACCAGACAGUCCACGCUCCACCUUCUUGCUGGCGUUUAGUCCAGACAGGACCCUAAUGGCUUCCACACAUGUGAAUCACAACAUUUACAUCACAGAGGUGAAAACGGGCAAGUGUGUUCAUUCCUUGGUUGGACAUCGCCGCACUCCCUGGUGUGUGACCUUUCAUCCCACCAUCCCAGGCCUCAUUGCUUCAGGAUGCCUAGAUGGGGAGGUUAGAAUUUGGGAUCUACAUGGUGGAAGUGAAAGCUGGUUCACAGAUAGCAACAAUGCCAUUGCAUCGCUUGCUUUUCAUCCUACGGCUCAACUCUUGCUGAUUGCAACGGCCAAUGAGAUACAUUUCUGGGACUGGAGCCGUCGAGAGCCUUUUGCAGUGGUGAAGACAGCCAGCGAAAUGGAGCGGGUCCGGUUAGUACGGUUUGAUCCCUUGGGACACUACUUGCUCACAGCAAUUGUUAACCCUUCCAACCAGCAGAGUGACGAGGAAGUGGAAAUCUCCGUGGACAGCACAGAGAUGCCGCAUUAUCGCCAGCGCGCUAUCCUUCCCUCUCAGCCUGUGAGGCGCACACCUCUCCUCCACAACUUCCUGCAUAUGUUGUCCUCCCGCUCCUCUGGCAUACAGGUGGGAGAGCAAAACAGUGUUCAAGACUCUGCUACCCCAUCCCCUCCACCGCCUCCACCACCACCACCUCCGCCUCCAGCCAGUGAGAACACAAGGGCAUCUGUUUAUAACAGGCUCCGGGAGCGUGUCAGCUACCCCACAGCAGAGUGCUGUCAGCACUUGGGGAUGUUGUGCCUUUGCAGCCGAUGCUCUAGUGCAAGACUUCCGUCUUCUCUGUUCCCACACCAGGAAAACGCACCCUCCACGUCUUCUGGGGCUACUGGCACGUCCUUCUCCUCUGUGCAGACAGAGCCUUACCAGCCCCCAGAGCAGGCAUCUGUAGCACAGGAGGAGCAGGGGAUACUUAACAGGCCCUCUGCUUUCAGCACAGUUCAGAGCAGCGCUGCUGGCAACACCCUGCGCAACCUUAGCCUGGGCCCCACGCGGCGGUCCCUGAGCGGGCCCUUGGCAGGCCACCAGUCCCGCUACCAGCAGUCUGCAAGAGAGAUGGCUUCAGGCUUGGGCGGGUCUGACUGGUCCAGGACAGUGCUGAACAUGAGCUCCAGGUCAGAGCUGGAAGCCAUGCCUCCCCCUAGGACCAGUGCCUCCUCUGUGAGCUUGCUGUCGGUGCUGCGGCAGCAGGAGGGAGGUUCCCAGGCAUCAGUCUAUACCUCUGCAACAGAAGGGAGAGGCUUCCUAGCCCCAGGGGCUGAGGCGGACAGUGGUAGUAGCACUGGCCCGAGCAAUCCGGCCAGCAUCCGUAAUGAGCUCCAGUGUGAUUUGAGGCGAUUCUUCCUGGAAUAUGACCGACUUCAGGAGUUAGAUCAGGGAAUUGCUGGGGAGCCCAGCCAGUCGCAACAGGCUCAAGAAAUGCUCAACAACAACAUUGAGCCUGAUCGGCCUGGUCCCUCCCAUCAGCAGACUCCACACAGCAGUGAAAACAAUUCCAAUUUAUCCCGGGGUCACCUGAACCGCUGUCGCGCUUGUCAUAACCUGCUGACCUUUAACAAUGACACGCUGCGCUGGGAAAGAAGCACGCCUAGCUACACACCAGGGCAGGUCCAAAGCACAUUUGAGGGUGUGCCUCCAAAUACCAGCCAGGUGCAGCCUGCAGAGAGAACCGAGGGCAGAGCUCCUGCCUCUAGCAGGCUGCAGCUGGGCAGCUCUUCCACCCCGCAGGAGGAGAGGACCGUGGGAGUGGUCUUUAACCAGGAGACGGGGCACUGGGAGAGAGUUUACAGCCAGUCGGCUUCAAGCAGACCUGGGAAUGUAUCACAGGAGGCCUUAAACCAGGAAAUGCCUGAGGAAAGCUCAGAGGAGGAUUCACUCAGGAGGUAAGAUAUAUGCCCAGCCUUC